CUUGGUGUUGCGGGAAAUAUGAACUUAAAUUACGUUCAGUCUAAAUACUUUAUAUUAAUUCAGAAUAUUUUCAUAAAAUUUAUAAUUUGAAAUAUUUAAGUUAUGCUUGGAAUGGAACAACUCAAAGUCAAAAUCAAAGACUGUACAAUAAAAAUAAAAGCCUUAUCAUCUAACCAUAAAGUUAAACAAAAAUUUGAAAAAGAAUUGGAAUGUCAUCAAAAUGUUCAAAUGGCAAAGGAAAACAUUACAUCAUUAUUUUUGGAUGUGGAACAUAUUAUCCAAGACAUAUAUAGUUAUUUUAUAUCGAUGACUUCUAUUGAUGAUGUUAUGAAAAAUUUGCCUGAGACUGGUCAACUACUGAGUGAAUUGUCUCAUAUACCAAUAAUGCAGAUGUGCCCUCAGCUCUUUACAGCCUGGUUGAAGUGUGUGCUUUGGUUCUACAAGAGAGAUGCAUUGUCACCUAUUGAAGUUAAAGCAAGAGAUUGGGCUCUAAAACUUCUUCAUUCUACAGUGUCAUACCAGAUGAAGGCAGGUGACCCAGCUUUAAGAAACCUUGCAAUGAUGCCAUCGGUAUUACUCAAGAAACAAUUAUCGCAUAACAUUUACAAAAUAACACAAUUGUUGGAGACGAGAAAUGGUCGUCACUGGGAUUCAAGUACAGGUUCUUACAGACUGUCCACCUGUGAGCAGGUCAGCGUGUUGAAGGAUCUCUCCAACGUCUUGUUGACCAUGCAUCAUGAAAAUGAGUUCUGUUCACUGUGGCUUACAGUUCUCCAACAGUUGUCGCAGUGUCCACUUGAUGAAGAUAUUUUGAAUAUCUAUCUAAGACUGACCGUAUCCCAGAAAGGAGCUUACAGUGGAGAGUGUAAGGUGAACUUGCCAUACAAUUCACUUGUUCUUUUAUGGAGCUCACACCUCCCCGCUCUCGAACAGGAAGUACUUGAAAUGGUUCAUGCAGUUUCAUUAUUUUUGGGUCUUCCUUUCAUCGUAAAGAAGAUAAUAAAGUCUAGGAAUUUAGCCGUAGCAUGUUCAGAAAACUAUCAAGUUGCACAUGCAGUUCAUCAGAUGCUGUACAGUUUACUUGUUAAGACUGGAGGUGCUGGCUUAAUGUCUGAUACCGUAACACAGUUUUAUGAGUGUGUCCGUGAAGGUGGAGAACAAAACAACAUCAAAGAUGUUUGUUUGCCGCACUCAUCAUUAUACCGUCCAGAACUUCAGCCUCUGGUUAGUCUACUCAGUUAUCCAACUAACAAUUUGGGUGCAGAAACAGUAAAUCACCGUUUGAAACAGAUCAGUGACGUGAUUUCUCUUGUCUUAAAAUCGACCAGUGGAAGUCCACAAAUGAUGAGUUCACUUGCCAUGCUCGCACUCGAGUUUAAACACUGGAUCUACAGAGCAAUGUGGCAUGUAAUACUGUGUGAUAAAAAGAAUGUUGACAGCUGUUUAGAUGUCAUAUACCUCUCCGAGUUUUACAACACAGACGUAGAGGGUUUGAAGUCUUCUAUCAGAGAAAUGGUGCACUGUUUACGAGGGUUGGUUGGAAAAACAAACCUAAAACUGCCAGACAUCGAGUACACUGUUUCCAGCAGUAUAAAGCCAGACAGAGACAACAGCACGGCUCGUCAGAUUCUGGUCGUUUUUCUCUUGCAGUCUGUGUCUGGCCUUCACCUUGCUGGGGAAAUCUUAAGACUGGCAACAUGUAACACCAGCAGUAGAGAUCAUCUGUAUGUGCUGCUUUAUGCUCAUCAAAUAUUUAAUAUUGACAUGACCACAUGGUCGCCCUACAAGGCAUCGCGAUACACACAGCUGCUGAAAACAUUGAGAGAGAAACUUUCAUAUGAAAGUGAAGAGCAAGAAGAAUCAGGAAUUAAAUCUGUACAGAAUCACAAAAACAUCUUGAUUGAAUUAGAAACAUUAUUGUGUAUGCCUGCAUUGUGUCGGUAAUGCACUCCUGCUGUAUUGUAUUGUUUUUAAACAGUUGUAAAGACCAUCAAAGGGUUCGACAAUGACAAAGUCCUUGUGAUGAAGGGGUUCAUGGAAUGUUUUGAAAUGUUAUACAAGUUGUCCUUUAUAUCAGAUUUGUGGUUCAAUUUUGUGAGGACUAUUUCAGCAGCUGAUAUUUGUAUGUAAAAAGAAGAAGAAAUGUUUUAUUUAAAGAUUCACUUAAUGACGCCACUCAACACAUUUUAUUUAUGGUUAUAUGGCGUCAGACAUAUGGUUAAGGACCACACAGAUAUUGA